AUGCAAUAAAAUCUCACUUGUCCAGAUCAUGGAAAGUUAAUGGAAUAUAUAAAUUUUCAUACAAAUUCUAAAUGCAACUUGUUUUGUGAGGAAUGCAUUAAAAGUUAAAACAUUUAAAAUACAGUAGUAAGAAUAGAUAAAAUUAGGCAUAAGGUUGUAAAUGAAUUAAAAAGUGUAAUUAAUUAUUAGACUAACUUAGAUCAAGCAAUAUUAGGAGAAAUAUUAAAAUAAAAUUAGAAUUAUUUAAAAUUCAUUAAUUUCUUUAAAGGAAAAAGAAUAGUAAUUAUGUAAAGUUAUUGAUGAUAUUGAUAUCUAUUAAUUUUAAAAUGUUUAAGAUUAUAUUUAAAAAAUUUAUAGAAUUAACAAUGGAGAUGUGUAGGCAACACUCACUCAAUAAUUUUUUCAAGAUACAAAACCCAUUGAUUAACUAUAAAGAAUGUUUACUUUUAGCCAAGAAUAUAAAAAUGAUUCUGUUAUAUUAUUGAAUAAAUACACAAUAAAACAAAGUAUUAUGGAUGAUAAUUCAUUGAUUAGAUAAAGUGAUUAUGAAUUCCCUUGCAACGAUUGAACCAGCCUUAGAUCAAUAGUAAGAGAGCUCAAUCUAUUUUAAAAUAAAUGUAAACAAAUUCAUUUAUAAUCAAUAAGCAUAUAGGUUAGAGCAUUGCGAUUGGAUUUUGUGAAUUAGAAGUCAUUAAAUAAUAAUAAUAUCAAAUAAGUAAUUGGAAUUCCUUAGGACACGGAUGCUAUCUAAUAUCAAGUGGAGGAUGUAAUACUAUUAAUUAUUGAUAGAUACUUAUAACUCAAAAGAUUGGAAAUUUAAUUUCAAAAAAAAUGGAUUUUGCUUUAAUCAAAAUUAAAUUAUUAAAAUUAGCUAUGAUCCGCUGAAUAGCUUAAUAAUAUUUGAAAAACUUAAUGAUUCUUAAUGCCUAAUAGAAAUGAAAAUAGCUGCAAAAGAUUUAUACGCUUGUGUUUAUGUUUCGAAACCAAAGGAUGAGAUCGAAAUUCUGAAUUUUUGA